CACCAUGUGGUACAUUGCCUUUGGCUCAGAUCAUUGAAGAAGCCUGUGGAGAGGCUGAAAUGUAUAGGGCUGCUGGUGUCGACGGCUUGAUUGUUGAAAAUAUGCACGAUCGGCCUUACACAUUCGAUGUUGGUGCAGAAGUUACAGCAGCUAUGGCGGUGAUUUGUGCCUCAGUAAAACAGGCGUGUCCCACGCUCCCCAUUGGGGUUCAAAUAUUAUGUGCUGCAAAUCAGCAAGCUUUAGCUGUUGCCCUUGUGUCAGGGGCGGAUUUUGUUCGAGCUGAAGGCUUCGUUUUCUCUCACGUGGCUGACGAAGGAAUUCUGAACGCUUGCGCUGGGAACUUGCUAAGAUACCGCAAGCAAAUCGGGGCUGAACACAUCCAGGUUUUUGCUGAUAUUAAAAAGAAGCACAGUGCUCAUGCGCUGACGGCUGAUGUCACGGUGGCGGAAACCGCUAAGGCUGCUGAAUUCUUUCUUGCUGAUGGGGUGGUGUUGACUGGAACUGCAACUGGAUCAGAGACAAAUCCCAAAGAACUAGAAGAAGUCAGAUCUGCGGUGAAGAUUCCAGUACUGGUGGGGUCUGGUGUGACUUUGGAUAAUGUGAAGGACUACUUAAGUGCAAAUGCCUUGAUCGUUGGCUCCUAUUUCAAGAAAGAAGGCCAUUGGGCAAAUGGCAUUGACCUUGAUCGUGUGAAGAAGUUUAUGGAUUAUAUUGGGAAAGUGCUUUGGAGAAUAGCCCGACUCCCUCUUCUUUGUGGCAGCCCCUGAGAUAUUGGAGCACUGCUAUCAUGUCUCCCCUAGUCCUUCUUUUCAUCAGACUAGACAUACCCAAUUCCUGCAAACCCAAUUUUCCCGGUCUUUUUAAUACUUAAGAGAGAGGAUUUUUUUUUUCUGAAUUCAGAAUUUAAGGCACACUCUAUACUCAUAUACAUGUUCAUCGCCCUAUACUAGAUGGAACACUGGAUGAAAAAUAUAUAGGGAGAAUGGUCCUGAAAAUAUUAUGAAAGCAGAUCACAUGGAAAGCUGAUAAAAUUGCAGUGCUUAUGUAACAACAAAUCCUCAGUCUCCUAGCCCAAUUGGAAGGAAAAAUAUUUAGAUAAUUUUUACAUUAGAUUACUUGUAUAUAAAAUUAUCUGUGUAAAUUUUAGUAAUUCAUGUACAUACAAUGAACAAAUAUUUUUCAGAUUGAGUUACCAAUAAACAAUUUUUGGUGAAAUCUGAGACUGAACUCAGAUUUUGUCUGUUACAUCCUCGUGUAAAAUCAAAUUUUCACUGUACAGUACCU